AUGUCAAGCCGCUCGCGGGCGAAUGCAGCUCCGCCGUUACUGGGACUCCCUCCCAAAUACAAUUCGGCAGCCCUAAUUAUACUUGCGUCUGCAUUAUUACUACGUGCCCGGUUGACGUCAGGAGUGAUUCCAACGCUAACUCGCGGUCCCAAACUCGGCCCCGAGGAAUUGGCUCAAGUAGAGCAGCAGCUCUAUGUUGAUAUAGCUGACGGGAAAGGCUCAAAGGAGCUGUUAGUUCCGUUCAGAGGAAGGGUAUCAAAGGUGGCCAUAACACCUACCCCGCCUGAAGUAUUUGCCAAAACUGCUGCACGUUUCCCUCCUUUACCUUCAAACUACAAACCCUCGGUAAACAAGGCUUUCUUCCGCCAACUCUCAGCACUUCUCAAGAUUGCACUACGAGGACAACAUGGUUUGAUUGUCUUACAUACAUUCUUCCUAUUGCUACGCACUGGUCUUUCGGUCCUUGUUGCUCGACUUGACGGAUUAAUUGCUCGAAAUCUCGUCUCCGCAGAUUUCAAAGGGUUCGUGCGGGGUAUGGGACUUUGGUUGCUUCUCGCGCUUCCGAGUUCAUAUACCAACGCCAUGCUGCGUCAUUUGCAGAACAAGAUCGCGCUUGGAAUGAGGUCCCGUUUGUCACGAUACACCCAUGACCUCUACCUCAGCUCCGACGGAAAGAAGAGAUACUACAGACUGGGUCUACCUGGCCCCGGAAACCUUGAUGGUAUUGACCAAUACAUUACUGCUGACAUCGCUGGGUUUUGCGAAGCCGCAAGUGCAUUAUAUGGAAACUUAACCAAGCCUACGCUGGACAUGUUUAUAUUCACAGCCCAACUCGCUCGGGCCCUUGGUCGCACCGGUACCAUCUUGUUGUUUGCGAAUUAUUUCCUUACUGCUCGUAUUUUGCGUGCAGUUACACCUGCAUUUGGCAGGCUAGCAGCUGUAGAGGCGAGAUUGGAAGGAGAAUAUCGCAUGGGUGUAGGGAGGGUAGGAAGAGAAGCUGAAGAGGUUGCUUUCUAUGGUGGUGGACAGCGUGAGCUCCAAAUCCUCAAGAAAGCAUACGAACGGCUUUCUGGACACGCAACUGCCAUCAGCAAGAUCCGUACUGCAUACGAGUGGACCGAAGAUUAUGUUGUCAAAUACAUGUGGAGUGCUGCAGGGUAUUGUCUGAUCGGAUUCCCAAAAACUCGAGAUGUGGGUGUAGGUCCUCAGAGCGAUCAGGAAUUAGCUCGGGCAGUGGAUGAUGCUGUUGCAGCCCGGGCAGAAACCUAUGUCUCCUCUCGCCGCCUACUAAUGUCCCUAGCAGACGCUGGAGGCCGAUUGAUGUAUGCAUACAAAGAUCUGCUUCAGUUGGCUGGGCUUACAUCCCGAAUGUAUGGUCUGGUUGCGGCUUUACAUGGCGUUAAAGCGCCAGAUGAGGCGGGCAGUGGUGACGUGAUUGUGCUAGAUGGUGUCGACAUUGUUGCGCCUGGAGAAGUUGGGGAUAUACUUGUCCGAAAUUUGAACUUGAGGGUAGAGAGAGGAGAACAUCUGAUGAUCACUGGGCCCAAUGGGGUGGGGAAAACUGCUAUCGCACGCGUGCUUGCGGGUCUCUGGGAAGCAAAUGGUCUUGUAGAAGGCAAAGGACUGUUUGUUAUUCCCCAAAGGGCGUAUAUGGUCGUAGGAACACUCAGAGACCAAAUUGUCUACCCUAUGACCUAUGCUGAACACAUGGCUGGCGGUGGCACCGAUGCCGACUUGAUGGAGAUUCUUCAUCACGUUCAUUUAGCAUAUUUGCCCGAGCGUGAGGGCGGGUGGAAUACACGCAAAGAAUGGAAGGAUGUGUUGAGUGGCGGAGAAAGACAGAGGAUGGGAAUGGCGAGGUUGUUCUACCAUAAGCCAAAGUUUGCGGUCCUUGAUGAAUGCACGAGCGCGGUUUCGACAGACGUUGAAGGCUUGAUGUAUCAGCAUGCCAAAGACCUGGGAAUUACCUUGAUCACUAUUUCUCAUCGACCUACGCUAAAUAAGUAUCAUAAAUGGCUAUUGACUCUCUGGGGCGACUCAACCGGGUCUUGGACAUAUGCCCGCGUAGGAACAGACGAAGAGCGAAUGGAACUCGAUAGAGAAAUUGAAAGGCUUGAAGCACAGCUAUCAGACGUGGCGCAAUGGGAAAGGAGACUGAAGGAGGUUGCCAAUGAACUGGGGGUCAGUGUUAAGUUCUAG